CAGAGACAGAGCACCAUGGGAAACCAGCUCUGCUGCACGGGAAGCUGGAGCUGCCCAUCAACUUCCCAGAGGAAAAAGAAAACGGGAAGCCAAGCAAGACGGGCCCCGAGGCAGCAGCAGCAGCAGCAGCAGCAGCAUCUCUUGCAGGCCCAUGACACAAGAGGACCUAUUUACGAACAGGUGUUAGAGAAGCCGGCGACUCAGGAGCGGAGUCCAGGCCUCAGGUUGAAGGAGAGCAGCUUGCAUUACGCAGACAUUCAAGUGUGCAGCUCUACCCAGCCGCGCUCUGCUUGGGAGGUCAAACACCUGCAGUCAGAAAAUGCUACUCAGUACGCCACUCUCCGCUUUCCCCAGGCCACACCGCGCUAUGACAGCAAGAACGGGACCCUAGUGUGAGCGCUGGGGAGGUCGGACCUGUUUCCAUCCCUUCACCCAUGGGGAGAAUCUGCCCUGGGGAAGUGGCUGGCGGCCCAGCGAUGGCUGCGGCGUUUUCAAGAACUCCAGAGCCCUUGCGAGUGCCCCCAGUCUUGCCCCCUUCCCUAGGCCUAUUGUCUUCUUUGCCACCAUUAGCUUGGAGUUGUAUUGGGGCUAGCCAGGGGUGGAUGGAGUUCCACAAAACGACGGGGGCUAGGAUGAGCUGCCGGAAGUCUGUUGGCCCCUACCUUGGUUCCUGCUUUCAAGAAAAGUGCUGAUUAGGACAGGUUGCCCCAGCACUUGAGCUGGUUUUGUUGGGAUUAAUUUAAGGGUGUCUCUUCUACACACCUUAAACGCCCAAGCUGAAGAAGGAGAGAUGCUCUGGGAAAGCAUUCCGAUUCUUGUGCACAGCCCCCAGAGCUGGCUUGGGCAGUUCCUUCAGUGGUUGGGGUCAAGGGUGCCAGAAGCCAGACAGACAAACGAGCCCAGGGGCUGAGGCUGACCAUGGGUUACCAGUACUUCAAGUCCCUGACAGCACUGCACGGCCCGGAAACUCCCCUUGGCUGGACUGUGGGCUCUCGCAGGUGCGGAGCCGCUAGGAUCAAUAAAUCGCAGAAGGAA